GGGAGCUUUCCUCAAGGCUCAAGCAACCGAGCACGAGCCCUGCGACCAGCAACCGCAAGCAGUGCAAUCCCGCAUAAAAUUGCACCACACCACUUCCUCUUCUUUACAUACCUACCUUACCAACAAGCAUUGGCAACGCACAAUCCAAUACCGUUCAACCCACAUGCCGGGACACCGGUCGGCUUAGUUUUUCCAAAUCGCAACGCAACCAAGCUCCCGUCCCCGUCGCCAUGUGGUCGACAAUUGGACUUGCGACCGCGCGGCAGCUCUCUGUUGGCGGUAGGCUCUCUAUCCGCCGCGCCGCACGGCCCACUGCGCGUAUCGCCGGCCGAGAUUUGGCUCCCAUCCCAUGCGGCCUCCGCGUCGCUGCUGUCUUCGGCGGGCGGAGCUUCGCCGCGACGCCCCGUCGCCUCGAGAGCAGUGCCGCUGAAGCCAAGACCGCGGACGAAUCUGAGGCCAAGUCCAAGACCAAGACCAAGGCGCCUGGGAAGAAGAAGACUGCGCCAAAGAAGGCUGCGGCAAAGAAGGCUUCUGGGACCGAGCGAGCCAGUCUGCCUAAGAAGGACCGAAAGGUGCUGACGGAAGAGGAGAUCACCAAGCUUAAAGUCAAGCAAUUGCGAAAGCAAGCGCUCAAAGCCCCUAAACGACUGCCCGACAAUUCUUGGUUGGUGUUUUUGUCCCACAGUUUCAAGGCAACCAAGAAUGAGAGGGAGGCCGCGGUCAAGGCAGGUCAAAGAUUGGACAUGACAACCAUUACGCGAGAACUAUGCAAUGCGUUCAAGGCGUUGCCCGCUGCCGAACUUGAGAAACUGAAAGCCGAGGCUCGCGAAAACUACGUUGCCAACGAAAUCGCUUACAAGGCCUGGAUUCAGAGCCACUCGCCAGAAGAAAUCAAGCGAGCCAACAGAGCACGCUCUAUGCUUAAGAAUGUAUACAAGAAGAAAAACAUCGGAUACGACAUUCCGGAUGAUCGUAUUCCCAAAAACCCGCGGAGCUCCUUUCUCCACUAUUGCGGGACGCGUUUGAACUCGCCAGAGUUCGCCGAUCUGAAGAGUCAAGAGGUAAUGUCGAAACUGGGGGAGGAAUGGAGGAAUUUGAGUGACACAGAGCGUCAGCCCUUCGUCGACAAGAUGAAAAGCGAAUACGAGGAAUGGCGCAAGCAGAGAGAUGCUGUUCUUGCAAAAGCUGCGGCACCAGUCUAGAGCAUGUGAUCUUUGUCGCGACCUGUACGUUUAGUCAUCUGAGACCUCAGGAGGUGCUCUCUGUUUCUGUAUGCGUGCCCAUAUGGCGAGACUCGGUCAUGUUGGUUCCCAGGGCUACGGAGUUACCUGUGUUCUUUGCUUGCUGAAUACCUGCGGCCGAUGUUGGUCAUUGGCUUGUGUUAAUAGGUACGGUCUAGGUUAUUGAGGGCUAAGUGUAUUCAGGGGUGUCCAUGUCAAAUGCAAGGCACUUUCAUCCGUGAAUAUUGCACCAAUAUGCCUGUGAUGCACCCGUUCAGACCACUCUGUGAGGGCUCUAGACGAUACUGUACGAUGGAA